AUGCUUAAUGGUAGCUGCAUGAUACCCUAUCAGACGCUUCUACACGACGAGGCCCAUGCCGCUGGCUUGGCUACCAGUGGCCUGUCCAACACAGACUAGGCAACCACCGAAGGAGUCGUACUCCAUGCAGGUUAGAUAGCCAUGCGCGCCGUUGCCCGAGCCGCGUACACCGGCCGUCGUACUCCACCGUUGCCGGUGCUCUACUCACGUACGUACAUCGCACAAUGUGGCCAUGGGCGGCGUUGGUGCUGGUCGCGCUCUACCUGCAUCCGGCUGCGGCGGCGGCCGAUACUGUGGCGGCGGCGUCCUACUCCUACAUUGUGCACAUGGACAAGUCGGCCAUGCCGGGGGCGUUCUCGAGCCACCUGCGCUGGUACGAGUCCACGCUCGCCGCGGCCGCCCCGGGGGCAGACAUGUUCUACGUCUACGACCACGCCACGCAUGGCUUCGCGGCGCGGCUCUCCGUGGAUGGGCUUGACAGGCUCCGACGCUCCCCGGGAUACCUGUCGUGCUACCGCGACGACGCGAGGGCGGUGCGCGACACGACGCACACGCCCGAGUUCCUCGGCCUCGGCGUCGGCGUGGCCGGCGGAAUAUGGGAGGCGUCCGAGUACGGCGAGAACAUGAUCAUCGGCGUGGUGGACACGGGCGUGUGGCCCGAGAGCGCGAGCUUCCGCGACGACGGGCUACCCCCGGUGCCGGCGCGGUGGAAGGGCUUCUGCGAGUCCGGCCCGGCGUUCGACGCGGCCAAGGCGUGCAACCGGAAGCUCGUCGGCGCGCGCAAGUACAACAAGGGCCUCAUCGCCAACACCAAUGUGACCAUCGCAGUCGACUCCCCGCGGGACUCGGAAGGCCACGGCACGCACACGUCGUCCACGGCGGCCGGCUCGCCCGUAGCCGGCGCGUCCUUCUUCGGCUACGGGCGAGGCGUCGCUCGCGGCAUGGCGCCCCGCGCCAGGGUGGCGGUGUACAAGGCCCUGUGGGAGGACGGCGCGUACGCUUCCGAUAUACUCGCCGCCAUGGACCAGGCCAUCGCCGACGGCGUGGACGUGCUCUCCCUCUCCCUUGGCUUCAACGGCCGGCAGUUAUACGAAGAUCCCGUCGCAAUUGGCGCAUUCGCGGCCAUGCAGCGCGGCAUCUUCGUGUCAACCUCAGCCGGUAACGACGGGCCGGACGCCGGGUACCUUCGCAACGGUUCGCCGUGGGUGCUCACCGUCGCGGCGGGCACGGUGGACCGGGAGUUCUCUGCCGUCGUCCGGCUCGGCGACGGCACGACCUUGGUCGGCGAAUCGCUGUACGCCGGAACCCCACACAGCCUCGGAAACACCGGGCUCGUGUUCCUCGGCCUGUGCGACAACGACACGGCGCUCGCAGCGAACCGCGGCAAGGUCGUGGUCUGCGACGUGCCGUACAUCGACGCCCUGACCCCCGCGAUAUCGGCGGUGAAAGCCGCCAAGGUGCGCGCCGGGCUGUUCCUGUCCAACGACACGUUGAGGGAGCUGUACGAGAACUUCCCAUUUCCGGGCGUGAUCCUGAAGCCACGAGGCGCCCCGGCGCUGCUGCACUACAUCCAGAGGAGCCGCCCGCCCAAGGCCUCUGUCAAGUUCGCGGUGACCGUGGUGGACACGAAGCCCGCGCCGCAGGUGGCGACCUACUCGUCGCGCGGCCCGUCGCGGAGCUGCCCGACGGUGCUCAAGCCCGACCUGCUCGCGCCCGGCUCGCUCAUCCUCGCCUCGUGGGCGGAGAACGCCAGCGUCGCCGACGCCGGGACGCAAUCGCCGCUGUUCAGCAAGUUCAACGUCAUCUCCGGCACGUCCAUGUCGUGCCCACACGCGUCAGGCGUGGCGGCGCUGCUCAAGGCCGUGCACCCGGAAUGGAGCCCCGCGGCGGUGCGGUCGGCGAUGAUGACGACGGCCAGCGCGGUGGACAACACCUUGGCUCCCAUCAAGGACAGGGCUGACGGCAUCCAGUACGCAGCCGACCCGCUUGCGAUGGGGUCCGGACACAUCGACCCGAACCGUUCCCUAGACCCGGGCCUGGUGUACGACGCCGGGCCGGACGACUACAUCAAGCUCAUGUGUGCCAUGAACUUCACGGCGGCGCAGAUCAAGACCGUGGUGCAGUCGUCGGGCCCCAUGGACUGCGCCAGCGCGACGCUCGAUCUCAAUUACCCGUCGUUUAUCGCGUUCUUCGACUACAACGGCGGAGAGAAGACGUUCACCAGGACCGUGACCAACGUGGGCGACGGGCCGGUGAGGUACAAUGCCACAGUGGAGGGACUGGACGGGGUGAAGGUGAGCGUCGUGCCCAAUAGGCUGCUGUUCGGCGGUAAGCACGAGAAGCAGAGGUACACGGUCGUGGUUCGGGUUGGGGAUAGCCAAAUAAUCCCCGAAGUAGUGUUGUAUGGAUCGUUGACAUGGGUGGAUGACACCGGCAAAUACACGGUGAGGAGUCCGAUCGUGGUGGCGUCGGCGAACUUUUCUCGGCCAUAGGAUAUGCAUGUGCACAGAUCCAACUAGUGACCAUACGCCAAUACAUAAUGGUCAUGUGGUAUGGAUAAUGAAAUGUUUCAAAUGAUUUUUUUGAAAUAACCACAUACAUUUCAUUAGACAAAGCGUAUUACAAAGAGUAUAUAUGGUCAUCACAAGAGACAUAUAUAGAUGUCUUGCAAUAUUGCAUCAAACACUUCACAAGAAG